AAAAUAUCAGCAUAGUUUUGGCCCUUUCGCAUUUGCACUUGUUUUUUAGUUAGUUUUUCACGUUAUAUUUCGUAUUUCCUUUACAAAAAUGAUUCUUUUGAACGAGCGAAACGUCCGGCACGAACAGUAUACGAGCGUGGAAUAGUGCACGCUACGCCGCUGCUGUUCGCUUCUCUGUUGCCCUGCUUCUGGUUGCCUCCUAGCAGAAGGACACCGAAAGUGAAGUGAAUUUCGUGACCAAUAUUCGGCUACGACUAGCACCCUUGCAACGGAAAAGUGUCGUUGUGUGGCGGUGCAGUGAUGAGCCACAACACGAUCCCCGUUUGGCAAGUGGCAACCGCGGAGCCGACUGCGCGAGGUAGCAACGCUGCCACUGCACCCGGCAGCCAAAACAAUGGUGGAAGCAUUUCAACGCUAAAAUAUGUGACCAACGCACGGCAGAAUGUGAAAAUCAUAAGCAUCCCCGGGCAAGGUUCGGUGGCCGGGAGCAACGAUGGCACACUUUUGUACGAAACGACGAUCGACAGCUCAUACCUGGCUGUGACCAAGUCACCUCGCCGACCGACAACAACCGCCCAGCACCACCACCACCACCACCACCAUACGGCUAUGUUGAACGAUUCCAUACUGCUACAAACGGCCGACGGACAGGGCUAUCUCGUGGACGAGCGAUCGAUACAGAACAUCGAUCAGAUUCCACCGGAAAAUUUAAUCUACGUGACUUCGUCCGAUUUGCCGUCGUCCAGUGAUAACAUGGAACACACUUCGACCGCUCCUUCUCCUUCCCUGCCCUCCAGCGAUCAAGCCCAUCUUGAUUACGUUGACUAUGUGCCGUCACCGGACGCGCCGGCCGAUCAAACCCAGCCGGCGGCAGUGGCAGAAUACGCGGAAGAGUGUCAAGUGACGGAGGAAAUCAUUACCGACGAUUGGGUGCAGUCGCAGGGCGAGGAGUGUGUGCAGGUGACGGUGGAUCAGCUCGGGGUGAGCACGGCGAUCGCGGUGGACGAUGACAUUUCGGUGCCGCUCGAUCAGGACCAGUACACGCUGUCCCGGCCCUAUCCGUGCGAUUUCUGCAGCCGGCGGUUUCGGAAGAAGGCAAGCCUGCAGAACCAUCUAAUGGCACACUCGAACGAUCGGCCGCAUGUGUGCUAUUUGUGCGGGGCUCAGUAUGGACGGAGGGCCGAUCUAAUCAACCAUCUGAAGCAGCAUGCGUACGCCGACCAGGAUGAGUUAUCGUUGCGCGGUGGCGAUCAGCAGGAUGCAGACUAUGAACUACCAGAACUGGCCAGCACAGCGGGUCACAUCAAAAAUCGUAUCAGACAGUCGAGCGAGGAUGAAGAUCUGUACAUACAGAACACGAUGGUGAGCUACAAUUCGCAACCGCCGAUGCAGCUCAUUUCGACCACCAGCUAUGGCACUUCUUCGGCAACGAUAGCUUCUCCCUACGAGCAGUGCGAGAUCACUUCCUUCAGCAAUGGUUCGAUAGAAGUAGAGCCACAGCGUUUGACCAUUGAUAAUGCAUGCCCAACGGCCAGUUCCACGUCGGGUGGUGUAGAGAAAAGAAUUGGAAGGAAAAGAAAAGUGCCUGCUGCUGCUGUUGCAACAGAUGUUGUGAGUACGGCACGGACAAAGCCAGCCACAUUUUCGACCAAAGCAGCCACCGCUGCUAGCCGUCAAAUUAAAAAGGAACCGGAAGACACGAUAGCGGCGCCACCACCACCGCUCGACGAACGAAAGCCAUUUGUCUGCCCACAGUGUGGCCUAUCGUUCGGGAGGGCAAAAGCGCUACUGGCCCAUACCCGUACCCACACAAACAAAACACAAUACGAGUGCGAAUACUGCAAUGCACAGUUUUACGAAUGGUCCCUGCUGCGUAUUCACAUCAAUCGUGUGCACACGGCGCAGCAAGUCGGUAACAGCGAGGAGCACGAUUCUGGUUGCGCAUCCAGUGCGACGGGCAAGAAGCGCUUCAGUUGUGAUAGAUGCAGUGCCGUUUUCUUCCAACCCGAUCACAUACUUCACCACAUACAACAGGCGCACGGCGCUGUGGGUGAAAGUAAUGCAAGCGCCGAUCAUAGUAAUGUGAUCGUUAAACAGGAACUGAUACAAGCGCCCGCUGGGGUGGAUUACGUGGAGAUGGACGGGGAAGCCACCACCGAUCCGGAAAUAGAGGAAGAAGAGUAUGGCGAUUUGGAUUAUACGAUCGAGGUGCAGUAUGAGAAUCGUGCCAGCGAGCCGGACACGCAGCACCCGACCGCUUCCCCGCUGACGUGUCGCGAAUGUGGCGAAUCGUUCGAAAGUGGGAUGGAAUUGCUGGAACACUCCGAAACACACACCGCACGGUACGAACCGCACGAGUGUCAGCUGUGUGGUGAAAAGUUCCUGGACGAAGCGACCAUUAAGCAGCAUGUGCAGGAGCGCCACCAGCACGAGCUGACCGCCACAUCGUGUGCGAUCUGUGGCAAACGGUGCAAAAGUCAAACGACGCUGAUAAAGCACGCCUGGGACCAUUCGCGCGAACGGGCCCACUCGUGUUCGCAGUGCGGCAAAACGUUCCACCAUAUGGCGCGGCUCAAGCGGCACAUGGAUUCGCACCGCAACAAGACGGUCCGGUGUGAGGUUUGUAUGCAGGAGUUCCCGGACGGACGGACGCUGAUGAACCAUCGCCAUUCGCACACGAAAUCGAACGAAUAUCCGUGCCACGAGUGUGGCAAAACGUUUGGAUCCCGUUCGUCGCAGCAGAUCCAUAUGCGCAUCCACACCGGCGAACGGCCGUACGCGUGUCGCUUUUGCUGGAAAGCGUUUGCGGAUGGUGGAACGCUACGGAAGCACGAGCGGAUACAUACCGGCGAAAAGCCGUACGCGUGUCCCGUGUGUCCGAAGGCGUUUAAUCAGCGGGUGGUUCUGCGAGAGCACAUCCGGGCCCACCAUUCGCAGGCUGAUGCGAAGCGCGGUUCGGCCAACCAACCGUACUACUGUACUGUGUGCAGUUCUCCCUUUUCUACGACCGGUGAUUUGGUGCAGCAUCUGAUCGAGCACAGCGAUACGAACACGGCGAUGAAACGAGAACCACCAACCUUCCCGCGGAAGUAUAAACGGCGCCGUAAGCUCAAUCCGCACGAGCUGGAGCGACUGAAGAGUGGUCGUCGGAAGCAGAAAAACAGGCAGCGCGACGACGAUGUGGACGAUACGGUGGUGGAGGAGGAUGGCUACGAGGAAAGCAAUAGCGCUAAGGAGAGUGUGAAACGCGCUACUACUAAAUCUUCGCAGCAUUCGUCCAGCCAGGAUGGUGCUGCUCUCAGGAACAAGCGGAGCAACGAGCCACGGGCAUCUAAACGGCGCGUGUCGGUGCACGAUAUGCUGCACGCGAACGGCAUCAAUCUGUUGAGCAAUAUCGUGCUGCUGCAUGGACAGCAGGAAGGGGACGAACCGUCGAACAACGAGCACGGCAAUGUUCCUCCGGAAUCUCCGGAAGCGAAACCAGCGCAGCCAACCACCAGCAGCAGGCGCGGCACAAUUGCUGGGAACGUACCGAAGUCAAAGGUAGCUGGCCCGGCGCGAAAGAAACCAUCCCGCAAACGUUCUUCACCGUAUGCCACCAAAGAUGCUCCGCACGAUGACGGGGAGCUAAAGCAAACGGACGCUGGUGACGAUCGAGGUUCACCGGCACACUGCGGCGGUGGUAGCAGCACGAUCACGAACGUGAUGGAAGCAUUUUUCCGUAGCCGGAAGCGUAACUCGCUGCUGCCGGAAAUACCCCCGCACCGGAUCUCGUCCGUAAGCUUUCCCUUGCUGGACGAUGGAAACACAGACGAUCCGCUGGACGAGCCGACGGCGAUCGUGGACCAGUCGCGCAAAAGCACCACCUCGUUUAGCGCUUCGGAAGAGCACGCCCUCGACCAGCAGCUGCUGAUGGAAAUAUCGCACAAGGGCGGCAAGUACACGGAACGGUUCAACAGUGACACCGUGCACGAUCUGGAAGAAAUUCUUCGCUCGCCGUUAAAGAGCGUUGUUCCGGCGAAAAGUGUGCCGCACAGACAGCCUCCGAAGAAAGGAAAGGGCAAAGCGAAAAGUAAAAAGUCAGCAGCAGCAGCAGCAGCAACACCGACCAAACAGCAGCAAUCGAAAGCGGUCGAAAAGAAGGUGAAGAAAGUCGUCCCGCAACCAUCCCCACCGGCAGUGUUGCGCAGUCAGCGGUUAACGCGCCGUCAGCUCGAACGGGAGGUAAACUUCCUGAAGGAAGCGUACGACACGAGUGUACCGAGUUACGCACCGGAAUCAGUCAAGGAAGAAACAGACCCAUCGCUCGGUACGAUGGUGCCACCGGAAGCAAUGGACAGUGGGACAUCGGCUAACGUUGCGAACGCUGGUACACCGGAGGAACGGGGGGUGGAUGCUUCCGAAAGGUUAGCUGCCAUGUUGCUAAACGAUGGACUGCCAGCACCCGACGAUACACAGAGCAGCAGUAGUAGCGGUAACGGCGGUUGUGGCGAAAGCACUAUCAGCAGCAUUUUCCACCAGCAGCAGCACGAUACGUUUGACUCGAAACCGUAUGCAGAAUCGUUGCAUAUGAUGGAGGAACUGGUCGAUGUACAGAGGAAGGACGAUGGCACGGUGGAUGAAAACGAUCCCAGCUGUCUGUAUGAGGGGGACAGCAAAAGCACUACCUCAGCCGAUGGGACGGUAGACUAUCGAUGUUCGAUCUGCGCUGCCUGUUUCGAUGAUCGAGCACAGCUCAUCCUACACGUUCCGGUACACAUUUAAGCGCGCGCUGGAUAAAAAACACUUUUAUCUCUUUUCUUGUUACGUUUCCCAUCCCCAAGGUUAUAGUGAUUGUGGUUUUGUUUUCUGAAUUACGCGAAAAAUGCUUCGAAUGCAUGACGAGCACAUGGAAUCGGAAUUAUUUAAUCAAUAAAUUCGUUAACAUUGAAACGAA